ACCAAAAGUAGAAAUGAAAAUGGCGACGUAGCAACAAUAAUAACAAACGUGUCGGCAGUUGUUGAAAACUGUGAUUUUGUCACCCAAAUAUCUAACCCAGUAAUUCAGUGGUGAUUGUAGAUGGUAGAGAAUCAAAGAUGACAUCAGCAAAGCAAUUAACAUCUAUUUCAAGAGUGAUGAACAUUUUACAAGAGUGGGAUAAAGCGCCAAAAUCUACUCGUAAAAGUAUUUUAAAUGACUUUAUAAAACAACACAAAAAUAAAACAGGCCCAGAAUUAGAACAAGAGUUUGCUCAAGCAGCAAGUUUGUUUCUAACCAGAUUAACAGCAUGGCUUCGAUUAACUUAUAUGAUUGGUACUUGUCUAAAUGAACAGUUAAAGUCUAUUUGUAUCUUUCUGUCAGCUUCAAGUGGACAUAAGUUUAUGGCUGAAUUUUUAGAAGUUGGUGGAGUGUUUACAUUGUUAGAAAUAUUGGGAUUAAAACAAGCUAAAGAAGAUGACAAGACAGAAGCUCUGAAUUGCCUGAUACAAAUCGCAAACACUGGUCGAAAAUAUAAAGAACUCAUCUGUGAAAGCUAUGGAAUAAGGGCAGUAGCAGAAUGUUUAGCGAAAGCUAAAACUGAAGAAACUCAGGACGCUUGUCGAAAUCUUUUACUCAUGUUGGCGCAGGGUAACCCCAAGUUUGAAGGUCAAGUUUAUAAAGGACUUAUUGCUCUAUUACCCUGUAGUUCACCUAAAGCCCAACAGAUGGCAGCACAUUCACUUCGUAUUGUUCAGCCUAUUGUUGAUGAAGCUAAUCCUAACAUUGUUGAUCCAUUAUUAGAUUUACUAGGAACCUUACAUUUAGAGGUACAGUUUGAAGCCAUCGAAUUAAUAAAAGAAUUAAUGAUAUAUGAUGUAUCAACAUCAUUAUUAAAAGGAUUAGUGACACAAUUAAAACCAAUUAAAGAUGAUUCAGUACCCAAACCAGAAAUAUUAGAAGAUCCCAACACGCCAAAUUUCAGCGCACCUUUAUCUAAAUUCGUUAAACAAGCAGCAUCUGCUAAGACUAUUGGAAUAUUAGCUAGAGAAUCUAAUGAAUUAUCAGAAAAAUUAAUACAGUUAAGAGUGGUACACAAUUUGUUGUAUGCUAUGGGAAACGUGGAUUAUGCAGACAGUCAAAGACAAGCUAGUUUAACAUUGGAGCAUUUUUGUCGAACAUUUCCAGUAGUUGAUGACCAUGUGAGGGAUGCUAUGGGUGAUGCACUUUAUGAUUUAUUUAUGUCAAACCCAGAGACUUUGUAUGUCAACAUGAACCAUAUACAAGCUGAUGUUCUUGUGUCAAAUAAGGUCAACAUCCCUUGUGUGGUAGAAGUUGUUGAUUGAUAACUUAUCUACAAGAGAAAAAAAAAUUGAUGAACAAUUGUUACCUUGUGACUUACAAGAGUAUUUAUUCAAUCGAUUAAUGUGAUUCUAUAUUAUUUAUUCAGUUUUAAUAAAAUUCAUUUUUAUCAAUCAUAUAA